AUGGAGCAGAGGCGGCAGGUUUUCUCAGUGGACCUUCUAGAGAGGUACGCCGCGAAGGGUCGGGGAGAGAUCACAUGUAUGGCCGCUGGGAAUGAUGUGAUUGUGUUAGGUACAAGCAAAGGCUGGGUCAUUCGACACGAUUUUGGCGUUGGCGAUUCUUUUGAUAUUGAUCUCUCUGCGGGUCGACCUGGGGAGCAGUCCAUCCACACAGUUUUUGUGGACCCAGGAGGUAGCCAUUGCAUCGCUGUAGUAGUUGGCAAUGGAACCUCUGACACGUUUUACACGCAUGCAAAGUGGACCAAGCCUCGUGUCUUGAGCAAAUUGAAAGGCCUUGUAGUGAAUGCUGUUGCCUGGAAUAGGCAACAUAUAACAGAAGCUUCCACAAGGGAAGUCAUUCUUGGUACUGACAAUGGCCAACUUCAUGAAAUUGCUGUCGACGAGAAGGACAAGAAGGAAAAAUACAUUAAAUUUUUAUUUGAACUCAGUGAACUUCCUGAAGCUUUUAUGGGUUUGCAGUCUGUUUUUGCUAGUUAUGUGGACCGUGCAGUUCAUUUUAUGGAACUUCCUGGUGAAAUUCCCAACAGUGAACUGCAUUUCUUUAUACAGCAAAGAAGAGCAAUACAUUUUGCAUGGCUUUCUGGGGCAGGAAUCUAUCAUGGUGGUCUUAAUUUUGGAGCACAACGCAGUUCACCUAAUGGGGAUGAAAACUUUGUGGAGAACAAGGCUCUCUUGGACUAUUCAAAACUAGGCGAAGGAGCUUCUGUUAAACCGAGUUCCCUGGCAGUAUCUGAGUUUCAUUUUCUUCUUCUUGUCAGAAACAAGGUUAAGGUUGUGAAUAGGAUAAGUGAGCAGAUAGUUGAGGAACUUUAUUUUGAUCAAACACCUGAUGCCGCUUCAAGAGGCGUUAUAGGUUUGUGUAGUGAUGCAUCUGCUGGGCUUUUCUAUGCAUAUGACCAAAGUUCCAUCUUCCAGGUGUCAGUGAAUGAUGAAGGCCGAGAUAUGUGGAAAGUCUAUUUGGACUUAAAAGAAUAUGCUGCAGCUUUAGCAAACUGUCGUGACGCCCUCCAAAGAGACCAAGUUUAUCUAGUGCAGGCUGAAGAUGCUUUUAAUACAAAGGAUUUUCUCAGAGCAGCUUCCUUUUAUGCAAAGAUUAACUAUGUAUUAUCAUUCGAAGAGAUCACUUUGAAGUUUAUUAGCAUAGGUGAACAGGAUGCUUUAAGAACCUUCUUGUUACGGAAGCUUGAUAAUCUUGCGAAGGAUGACAAAUGCCAGAUCACAAUGAUUUCCACUUGGGCAACUGAGUUAUACUUGGAUAAGAUGAAUCGGCUACUUUUGGAAGACGAUACUGCAUCUGAGAAUAGUAGUUCAGAGUACCAAUCAAUCAUUAGGGAGUUCCGCGCCUUUUUGAGUGACAGCAAGGAUGUAUUGGAUGAGGCAACCACCAUUAAGCUGCUAGAAAGCUAUGGUAGGGUUGAUGAAUUGGUAUUCUUUGCUAGUCUUAAGGAGCAACAUGAGAUUGUGGUCCAUCAUUAUAUUCAGCUGGGAGAAGCAAAGAAAGCACUGCAAGUUCUUCAGAAACUUAAUGUUCCCAUAGACCUUCAGUACAAGUUUGCCCCAGACCUUAUCAUGCUUGAUGCAUAUGAAACUGUUGAAUCAUGGAUGAUCAGGAAAGACCUGAAUCCAAGGAAGCUCAUUCCUGCAAUGAUGCGUUAUUCAAGUGAAUCGCAUUCAAAGAAUGAAACUCAUGAAGUAAUAAAAUAUCUGGAGUAUUGUGUUCAUCGUUUACAGAAUGAGGAUCCUAGUGUUCACAAUUUGUUGCUCUCGUUGUAUGCCAAGCAGGAGGAUGAGAGCGCUCUUCUGCGUUUUCUGCAAUGCAAGUUUGGAAAAGGGCGGCCCAAUGGUCCUGAAUUCUUCUACGAUCCAAAAUAUGCCUUGCGCCUUUGUCUCAAGGAAAAACGGAUGCGUGCCUGUGUCCAUAUAUACAGCAUGAUGUCUAUGCAUGAAGAAGCAGUUGCCCUUGCUUUGCAGGUCGAUCCAGAGCUUGCUAUGGCUGAAGCUGAUAAGGUUGAAGAUGAUGAAGAUUUGCGGAAGAAACUUUGGCUCAUGGUUGCCAAGCAUGUCAUUGAACAGGAGAAGGGAACGAAAAGGGAGAACAUCCGAAAGGCAAUAGCAUUUCUCAAGGAAACUGAUGGACUCUUAAAGAUUGAAGAUAUCUUACCCUUUUUCCCAGAUUUUGCCUUGAUUGAUGAUUUCAAGGAGGCAAUCUGCUCAUCAUUGGAGGAUUACAAUGAUCAAAUUGAGAAACUUAAAGAGAAGAUGAAUGAUGCUACCCGUGGUGCAGACAACAUUAGGAAUGAUAUCAGUGCACUUGCACAACGAUAUGCUAUCAUUGAUUGCGGCGAGGAAUGCGGGGUUUGUCAGAAGAAAAUAUUAAAUAUGGCUGGCAACUACCCGAUGAUGGGGGUUUACACAUCAGUUGGAUCAAUGGCUCCUUUCUAUGUUUUUCCAUGUGGACAUUCCUUCCAUGCUCAGUGCCUGAUUGCCCAUGUCACUAGGUGCACUACUGAAGCUCAAGCUGAAUAUAUAUUGGAUCUCCAAAAGCAGCUGACUCUUUUAGGUAAUGAAUCGAGGAAGGAAAUGAACGGUAGUUUAUCUGAAGACAAACCAAUUACGAGCAUGACUGCUGGAGAUAAGAUCCGAUCACAGUUGGAUGAUGCCAUAGCCAGUGAAUGCCCAUUUUGUGGUGACUUGAUGAUCCGUGAGAUAUCGCUGCCUUUCGUUCUUCCAGAAGAAACAGAUGAGGUUGCAUCUUGGGAGAUAAAACCAACUAACCUUGGAAAUCAAAAGAGCAUAUCUCUAACUUUAUAA